AUGGUGUCGCCCAUCGUCUUGGGUAUGUACAACAUUGGGGCUGCCGUGGGACCGCUCGUGGGCGGUUCUAUCACCGAUAGCCCGGUGCUUACUUGGCGGUUUAUCUUCUGGCUCAAUCUCCCUUUCGGAGCUGUUGGACUGGUCAUGGUUUGCCUCGCCUUGAGGAAACCUCCGCCCGCAGUAAAAGGAGGACUACCAUGGACCCAGAAGAUGCGCCAACUCGACAUUCCAGGGGGCUAUUCUGCUGCUCGGUGCAACAUCGUGUUUGAACCUGGCUCUGCAGUGGGGAGCCGCACGGUAUCUGCGUCAUGUGGCUUCAUGAUGCUCGUUCAGGUGGCCAUAGUACUGCAUUCAUACUUUUGGCCCAUGUACUUCCAGUCGGUCAGGAAUACCAGCGCUCGAGACUCGGGCAUCUUCCUACUCCCGUUGAUCGUGUCCAACAUCCUCGGCACGCUCUGCGGUGGCACAUUCGCUUCCAAGUCGGGACACUACGUACCGCUCAUGUGGAUCGGUGCCCCCAUCUUGGCCGUCGGAGGUGGUCUGUACCAGCUCAUCCACGCCGACAGCCCGCGCGGAGAGUGGAUGGGGUUCCGGAUUCUGUCCCGGUUCGGCUACGGCAUCUACAUACCGACGGGCCUCGUCACCAUCCUGCUCUUCCAGAUGCUGGGAGGCGCCCUGGCACCGAGCGCGGGGCAGAACCUCUUCACAGAUGGACUUUUGCGCAGUCUCAACGAGGUGGGGAUCGAUGCUGCAGCCGUAGUGGCGGCUGGUGGAAGGCCGUUCAGGGAGUUGGUCCCCCCAGAGCGGAUGAGUGCCGUCGUUGACGCGUUCAACUCUGCUCUGAGGAAUAUGUUCUGGGUGGCCCUGGCCGCCCCGGCCCUUGCUUGGAUCGUAAGCUGGGCAAUGGAGUGGCGCGGCUGCUGCCCGGCUCCAAGAGUCUCUCUACCCCCGACGACGUCGAGAGUGCGCCUACUCAAGCUCCGGCUCCGGCUCCGGCUACAGAGGUCUCGGAGAAUUCUUGAUACGAAACGACAUAACGGUGGUGGUUUGACCAAUGUUGUCGGCCGCGGCCAGUCACCACUUACCAACAGUAGCACAAAGUGA